AUGCCUAUAGUUACCGAGACUGUGACAUUUAGGAUGUUCUCCUCCGCCAGCGACGUUUGGAGCGCCGUCACCGCGGCCCAAGCUGUUUUCCCGAUGGCUAUGCCAAACCUCUACGCCGACAUCAAGCGCAACAGGCGCGACGGCUUCACCGAAGGCUCGAUCCGCGACAUCACUUUCGGUCCUGCUUACAGCAGGGUAGUGAGAUCGGCGAGGGAAGAGAUCGUUGAAGUUGACCAUUCCAACAUGACGGUGAAGACGACGAUGAAUGACGACGGCGCAUUCGUGCCGCAGCUCUUCGACAGCGUUGACAUCACCACGGCCGUGGUGCCUUCGUCCCGCACCAACCUUAGGGCCACAGGCUGCACACUUACUUGGUCCUUCACCUACGACAGUGCUAAGGGCAACGCCGACAUUAACAACCUCAAGAAUGUGAUGCAGACUGCGUUUCAGGAUUUGGACGACUACCUCAGGAGGGGACGUGGCAAUCGCCGAUGA